AUUCCAAUAUAUCUUCUACCUGAGUUGACCUUCACAUUGCGCAGUACUAUUUCGAAAUUUAUGGAUAACUUUCUAGAGCAAACCACCGAAAGACUGGUCUCUGCCUCCACGCAUAACUGACGAUUCUGUUGCUUACAUCGAAUACACAACCGAUAAGGAAGGAAGCGUUAAAGGCGUAUGCGUAACUCGACAAGCCCUGCUUUCACAUUGCAGGUGUUUAUCGACAGCGAUGGGUUAUUCAAGUUCCGAUACGAUGGUUUCAGUAUUGGACUUUAAACGCGAAGCUGGUCUUUGGCACUCCAUCUUAGCGGUUUGUUUUACUUUUUGUCUUUCUAAAAUAAUGUUUUUGAAAUUUUGA